UGCCAUGCACAAUCCAAUCAAAACACACGCAAAAUGCACGAAGCAAACGCUGAGAGAAGUUCCCGCAGAACCACCCAUGUCCAUCUCUCUCCCCUUCUCCAACCAUCUCUCUUCAAAUUCUCUCUCCUCCAUAAAAUCCUCUCUCCUUCAUUCCCAUCCACAACCCUCCCCCAAUAUAAUUUCACUUCCCCACAUCAAAACGCAGACCCGAAGAGAAAAAACAUAAACCCAGAAAAAAAAAAAUACUACUUCCGAAAAACAGAGCCUAACAGCCUCUCUCCAAUCCUUCCUUCUCCGGUCGAUGUUGACGACGUUGAUGGAUCCGUUUCCGAUGUCUCGCUAAAUUAGGGAGAGAAAUCAACGAGAACUGUCAAUGCCAAACACAGUACAUCGAUCUGGGUGAUCAUAAUGUAUCAUCAGGAAGGAAGAAACUGAGGAGAGAGAGUUGUUUUUAAAAGUGGAGAGAGAUGGAGGUUCAGCGGAUGAAGCAGUUGUUGUUCUUGUGGUCCAAUUUGCAAAGUAACCGUGUUGCCCUCGUGGGUGGGAACCACACCGCCGCCAGAUUUUGCACCCGCUAAAUAAUAACCAACCCGCGAUCACCACCUCCCUCUUAGCUAAUCUCUUAUUCUUCUUCUUCUUCGAUAAUCUCUUUCAUUCACUCUCUGAUAAUUUUGGUAAUUUCGCUGCGUUUUCGAUCCUGCUUAAUUUUCCUCAAAAACCAAGAUAUGAAGUUCAUAGCCAUGGAUUUGAUUCAUGGGUUUCGAUUCAAACAACAGUACAAAGUCAAGAAUCUUUGCAAAGAAGGCGUCGGAUUGAGCGCCUACGCGCAUUUCCUGGUAAUUAGGCUACCCAAUUCGUGGAUCUUGAAGCUUGUGGCACGGACCCUGGUUUUGGCAUUGGUUAUCGCCUCACUCCCCCAGAUCAGCUCGGUAAUCGGGGGAGUUUCUUCGGAUUUCUAUAAAGCCACCGAUUCCGAGGCAGAAAUUGCGUUCGAUUCGAUAAAUUUCGAUCUGCUGCCUUUGCUCUUCCGCGAUUUGAAAAACGAAGGGAUACUAAAGAUGGGCGACCGAGCCCUGUUCCUCGGCAACAAGAAUGACGAAGGGCUUUACAAUUCUGACAUGAUCCGGCUCGGAAACGGCGGGAACGAGAUGGACUUCGUCUCGUUCUCGGAUUCGGAAAAACAGGGCGCCGUCACGGACGAGACGUUCGAUUUUGCAUUCACGCAGGGGUUCCACGCCGCGGUCGCCGCGGAGUUCAUCGGCAGGACUCUCAAGGUCGGCGGCGUGGUGGCGGUCCAGCUCAGCGAGGACCCCGCAAUGGCGUUCGAGAAGCCUGAAAAUUUCCAAAUCGUCUACGUCCGUCGGUUCGAUACGACUAUCAUUGGAAUGCGGAAAACCAGUGGAGCUGGUUUGAAGUCGCCGGCGAAAAGGAAGCUCUGUGGGGUCACGACGGAGGCGAAGAAGGCCGCUUUGAAGAAGCUCGAGGACGUACUCCUCGAACCGCCGCGUGCGGCGUCGGGAAAAUCCAAGACGUACCUUAAACGGACACGAUACUUGCCGGAUUUACUGGGCGAUUCCCUCGAAAGCUACCCGCGCCGAGUCUUCAUCGACGUCGGGUUGCCGGAGAAGGACGGCGCAGACGUCGGGUGGUUCGAGAAGCAUUACCCGAGGAGGAACAAGGAUUUCGAGCUAUACAACAUCGAGACGGUGACGGAAGAAUUCUCUGGCAAGGUGCAGCCACAGAUCGGGAUGUCGGAUUGGUUGAGGAAGAAUGUGAAGGAAGAGGAGUACGUCGUGAUGAAGGCGGAGGCGGAGGUGGUGGAGGAGAUGGUGAAGAGCAGAGUGUUAGGGCUGGUGGACGAGCUAUUCUUGGAGUGCAAGUAUAAGGGGCUGAGUGGGAAGAGCAAGAAAAGUAGAAGGGCAUAUUGGGAAUGCUUGGCUUUGUAUGGGAGGUUGAGGGAUGAAGGUGUUGCUGUGCACCAGUGGUGGGGUUGACAGAGAAGAAGAGAGAGAGAGACAUAGAGAGAGAAAGAGAAGGGAAAGGAGAGAGAAUGAGGAGAGAGGUGUGCCUCAUUUUUUGGUGCUACUUCCCUGUUUUGUUUGUGUAUUCUCAUCGUUGUUGUAAUUUUUGGGUUAUUUCUAUGUUGUUUUUUGUAUUUCAAAGGCCGAUAACAAUGAGGGGUUUAAUAAGGUAUAGAACUGCUAAUAUUAUAUUAUCCUAUGGCCAAA